AUGUACCGCCGCGAUCCGAUAGUUUCGUCUUCACCACCUCCCGCCGCGCUACAACAGUAUUCGGAUAGCGAAGACGACGCCACCCAGCCCACACAAAUUCUGGAUUCGCGCUCGCCCUCUGUCGCCGCCCCGUUUGCUAGCACCCAGCCAACGCUCCUCCUCACCCCACGCGCAGACCGCGCCAAGCUGCGCGAGUGCUCCCCGCAAUUACAGGUCCAACGUUCCUCUCCUGCUCCUGAGCGCUAUUCGUCGCCAGGCAUGUCGCAGUCACAUUCGCAAAGGCCUGCUGGGCACUACAGCAACCCAAUGGCACCGCCAGGCACAUCGUUCUUCCCUCCACAAGCUGUUCGCAAGCCAGUCUACGACCUCACCUCGGACGAUCCGCCCGUUGAACCUGACCCAGAUGAGGAGGUUUCCGAGUUUAGAUCGAAUAUUCCGCUGUCAAAGGUGGAGCUGAAUGCGCGCACUUCGAGGGUGGAGGAGACGCCGCAGAAGCCCAUAUUUGAUCUAUCAGCUUACAUCUACGACGAAAGCAACACUCACACUCGCAAACGACCGGCCACAGACGAAUAUGGUUUCGGUAUCUCAGCCAAGAAGCAAAAGCCCGUGCAGCGACAAGGCGGUCCGUCACGCGCGAUGCCUGUGGAUCUGACUGGAGAAGAUGAUAUGACUCUAUCGGACAUUGCUGACUUUGUCAUGAAGCGCAAGACGAUGCGUUUGCAAGUAAUCUACCCAAACAGGCCGGUCAAAGAAAUAUAUGAGGCCUUGGUCAAGAAGAAGGGUCACUUUGAAGAUGCGUCUGCGUACUUGGCCGACCAAGACUCAGAUGAUGAACUUCUUCACUCGCCGAAGCUUGGUGUCGCGCAGAGCAAUGCCAACCCUGCGGUGAAGAAGACGGCGCAGCGCACGCUCCAACAGCCUGUAAUGUCAUUGCAGGAGAAGUACUCGCGGUUGGCACCUACUCAGAACACCACCGCCGCAAGUCCUGAAAAGCCACCAAAACAGAAACGCCGUCUGAUUCGCGGACGCAAGCCUUCACCAGCUUCGCCCACAAACACACCCCCACGACCACAACCACAGUCCAAAAAGCAAGCCCCAGUAGUCAUAUCCGAUGAUGAAGAUGAGGGCAUUGCUGCGUUCGACGACGAUGACGGUUCGUCGGCGGGAGGUUCGGUUAGGGAACACAAAUUCGAGGCUGAUAGCUUGCUGGACUUUUUCAAUACAUGCACAGUGGAAGCUAUGGUUGACUUGUCCGGUCACAAGGUUGAGGAAGUGCGGGAGGUUCUCGACCAGCGCCCGUUCACCUCGCUCGAAGCCGUUCGGCAGAUCCACGUUGAUCUAGCACAGAAGGAGUCGAAGAAGAAGCCUCGGAAACCGAGAAUUACAUUUGGUGCACGGCUUGUAGAAGCUGCAGAAGACAUGUGGGACGCAUACUCGACCAUUGACUCUGUGGUCAAGCAGUGCGAGGUACUCGGAAAACCCAUGGUUGCUGGUAUGGCACGAUGGGGUAUUGACAUCUUCGGUGCUUCGACCGACGAUGGUGGUGUUGAUAUCACAGCCCUAGACGAUACAAGCGACACCAGCUCUUCGCGUGAUUCGGGUUAUCAUACACCACGAAGCCCACCUGGCAGUGACACAGAGGCAAAAAUUGUGCACAAGGCAGCGAAUCGCACCAAGCUGCUCAAGCAACCAGCGAUUAUGAACGAUGAUAUCGAGUUGAAGGACUAUCAGGUGGUUGGCUUGAACUGGCUGAAUCUCUUGUGGCAGACAGGUACCUCUGGCAUUCUGGCCGAUGACAUGGGGCUGGGCAAGACUUGUCAAGUCAUUGCAUUCCUGUCACAUUUGAAAGAGCAGGGUGUGGGCAAGCCGGCGCUCAUCGUAGUGCCGGGGUCUACUCUGGAGAAUUGGUGUCGAGAGUUUGAGCGCUUUUCCAGCAGCAUCACCUUCACGCCUUACUACGGCUCGCAGGCGGGUCGUUUCGAGCACCAGGAGACCAUUUUGCACAACAUCAGCCAGGACCAUUGCGACGUGAUCAUAACGACGUACGACUUGACUUUUCGCAAAGAGGACAAUGCGUUCUUGCGCAAGUGUAAACCGGAGAUAUGCAUCUUCGACGAAGGCCACGUCCUAAAGAACGCAAACACGAUUCGUUAUAAGAGCUUGAUGCGCAUUGCGACACGUUGCAGGAUUUUGCUCACAGGUACACCACUGCAAAACAGUCUGCAAGAGCUCAUGUCCAUCCUGGGAUUCCUCAUGCCUACGGUCUUCCACAGCAAGAAGGAAGACGACGGGGACAAUGUCCAAGAGAUGUUGCAGAUACUCUUCAAGCACAAGGCCAAGGUUACGGAGAGCGACUCCCACAGCUCUCUGCUAUCUGCCCAGCGGAUCCAGCGUGCGCGCACCAUGUUGACCCCGUUCAUUCUCCGACGAAAGAAGGCCCAAGUCCUGAAGCAUCUGCCCAAGAAGACCUCUCGAGUGGAGUAUUGCGAGCUUACGCCGACGCAGUCUACUCUGUACAACGAGCAGCUCGCAAAGCAGCGCAAGAUUCUCGAAGAUCGCGCCGCUGGACUACUGGUCAAAGAUCAUGCAAACGUCAUGAUGAAACUUCGCCAGGCUGCUAUCCACCCGCUUCUCUUCCGCCACCGCUACAACGACACCAAGAUCAAGGCCAUGUCAAAGGCGUGUCUGAGGGAAGACAUGUUCGCCGAGUCCAACGCAGACAUCAUCUACGAGGAGCUUCAGCUGUACCAAGACUACCAAUGUCACCAGCUUGCGACCAAGUACAAGGCGCUCAAGAAGUUUGAACUCAAGAAUCACGAGUGGAUGGACUCUGGCAAAGUCACCGCCCUGCUCGCUCUCCUCAAAAAGUACAAGGAGAAUGGGGACCGAGCGCUAGUGUUUUCGCAAUUCACGUCUGUCAUGGAUAUUCUCGGCUGGGUCUUUGAUGACCACGACAUCAACUUUAUGCGCAUGGAUGGCAGCACACCCAUUGCAGAGCGACAGAGCCUGAUGGAUGUGUUUUACUCGGACACCUCUAUUGAACUCUUCAUGAUCAGUACCAAGUCCGGAGGUGCAGGUAUCAACCUCGCGUGCGCAAACAAAGUCAUCAUCUUCGACUCGUCAUUCAAUCCGCAGGACGACAUCCAAGCCGAGAACCGCGCGCAUCGCGUUGGUCAAACACGGGAAGUGGAAGUCGUGCGCCUGGUCACCAAGGGCACGGUGGAAGAGCAGAUUUACGCGCUGGGCGUGAGCAAGUUGGAACUGGACAAGAUGGUGCAGGGUGAGGAGGCGGAGAGCACUGCUGGAAAGGGUAAGAAGAAGGCAGAUGCUGAUGCGAGCAUCAGUAAAGCAGAGGAAGCAGGUAUCGUAGGCCCGAAAACAGAUGUUGCUCGCACAGAUGACUGCACCAGUCGAGACGAAGGAGGAGGUCAAAGUAGACAAGACUGGAGAUGUCAAAGAGCAGUUUCUGAAUGGCUUGAAAAAGGCAGGGUUGGAUGUCGCUGCUUAAAGGGAAUUGACCGUUCUCUUGCUAUUUGGGUCUUGGUAUGUGAGAAGUUUGACAAGGGAGAAGGAAAUGUUGGUUGA